UAUCUGAAAGUGGUUGGAUCAAUUUUAAUAAAAUAUAACAGCGAAAUGGCAUCUUUCAAACUAAUUUGUAUUCUCCUGCUCCUCAUAAUCAUUGGAGAAGCAGUGGCAAAGCCAAUCUUCUUCCCAGCAGAAUCAGAGCUUUCAAGACUCAAUAGAGACUUGGAGGGAUGUCUGAUGUUCAUUGGAGACUUAGCAUCCUUAACUUGGAAGUCCUUCAAAGACUUAGUUACCCUGAACACUUCAGAGUGGAAAGACAAUGUGGUCUGGAUAGGAAUCAACAUGUUCAUGGUUCUCGUUAAUUGCUUUCUAUAAUUAAUAAUUCUUCAUAAUACUAAUGUCAAAUCAAAGUUGCAUGAUUUUAUAACUUGAGUUACAUUACUAAUCGAUUCAGUUUGAAUUUUAGAUCAUUUCUAGGUGAUUAUCCAAUAAUUAUUUAAUCAGGACUUCUAAUUUC